AUGAAUAACGUGGAGUGGACGAUAGCGGAAAUGUUGAAUCAUCCAGAUAUUCUUGAGAAGGCUACAAAUGAGCUGAACAUGGUAGUUGGCAGCCAAAUUUAUGUGAGCCGGCUAGGACUUGGUCGGAACCCUAAGAUAUGGGAUGAGCCUGAGGUAUUCAAGCCAGAAAGACAUCUUUAUGACCGUGCUAGAGGCUCAAUGGGAGUAACUCUGAUGGAACCCGACAUGAGGUUCGUGAUAUUUAGCACUGGCCGGCGUGCCUGCGCAGGAACUAAGAUUGGGGCAUCUAUGACUAUCAUGUUACUAGCCAGGCUUCUCCAGGGGUUCGAUUGGACUCUUCCUCCUGGUACAAGCCAAAUAGAUCUCGUGCCAGCGGAGAGCAAUAUGUUUAUGGCCAAACCUCUAGUCGCAUCUGUGAACCCCAAGUUGGCUCCUCAUUUAUAUCCGAAAAUGCAGAUCUGA